GGAGUCCGGCUCGCGCAGGUGGAGCAGGCGCCCCGGCCAGCCCCGAUCCGCCGGCUCCGGGCACCCGCGCCGGCCCGCGCGGGGCACAGCCGCGCCGCAGCCCCGCGCCGCCCGGACCGCUCGCCCCGCCGCCCCGCAGCACCCAUGGGGACCUGGAGACUUUAAAGGAGUUUGGGGUUUCGGGAGCAGGGAAAUCUCGGAUCCCCGCUCCAGGCCCUCGCCGCGCCGCAUCAUUGAUGGGCAACCAACUGGACCGCAUCACCCACCUCAACUACAGCGAGCUGCCCACCGGGGACCCGUCGGGGAUCGAGAAGGACGAGCUGCGGGUCGGGGUCGCCUACUUCUUCUCGGAUGAGGAGGAGGACCUGGACGAGCGCGGCCAGCCCGACAAGUUUGGCGUGAAGGCCCCGCCGGGCUGCGCGCCCUGCCCGGAGAGCCCCGGCCGCCACCACCACCACCUGCUGCACCAGCUGGUCCUCAACGAGACUCAGUUCUCAGCCUUCCGAGGCCAGGAAUGCAUCUUCUCCAAAGUGAGCGGCGGCCCGCAGGGCGCCGACCUGAGCGUCUACGCGGUCACCGCGCUGCCGACCCUCUGCGCGCCCGGAGACCUGCUGGAGCUGCUGUGGCUGCAGCCCGCGCCGGAGCCGCCAGCGCCCGCCCCGCACUGGGCCGUCUACGUGGGCGGCGGGCAGAUCAUCCACCUGCACCAGGGCGAGAUCCGCCAGGACAGCCUGUACGAGGCGGGCGCGGCCAACGUGGGCCGGGUGGUGAAUAGCUGGUACCGCUACCGCCCGCUGCUGGCCGAGCUGGUGGUGCAGAACGCCUGCGGCCACCUGGGCCUCAAGAGCGAGGAGAUCUGCUGGACGAACUCGGAGAGCUUCGCCGCCUGGUGCCGCUUCGGCAAGCGGGAGUUCAAGGCGGGCGGGGAGGUGCCGGCGGGCACGCAGCCCCCGCAGCAGCAGUACUAUCUCAAGGUGCACCUGGGGGAGAACAAGGUGCACACGGCCCGCUUCCACAGCCUGGAGGACCUCAUCCGCGAGAAGCGCCGCAUCGACGCCAGCGGCCGCCUGCGCGUGCUCCAGGAGCUCGCCGACCUCGACCUGGUGGACGACAAGGAGUAGCC